UGUAGAGCAGACUGUGAUGUCAAACUCUCAGGAACCUUGAGGUAGAAAGACUGAAAACUCAAGGCUAGACUGGGCUGCAGAACAAAGCCCUGUCUCAAAAAUCAAAAAACAAUAACAAAAGCUAAAAACAACUCACAGGCAUUGCUGCAAGUGCCUCAUGUUGUGGAUGUCACCAUUCGUCCCAUUCGUCCCUCCCAGAGGGCAUCUAAAUGUUUGCCAACACUUAGUGCAUUCAGACUGGGACCUGAGUUUUCAGAGGCACUGAGCAGUGGGAGCUCAGUCAGUGAGGGUUGGAAAAGGAUGUUCUAGAAGGCACUAACAUGGACGAAAGCUUGGAACUAGGGACACAUGGUAGUUUUGGGGGAUGGUUUCUUGUGGUAAAGAUGGCUGGAGAGUAGAGUUAGCUAUGGACCAAAGACAAAGAGAAGAAGCUGGAAGAGCAGAAGAGACUGGAUCAUAGUUUUUAUUUAAGGGGGGCUGGGUACCAGCCCUGAGGGAGAGCCCUUGAAAAAGCAGGGGAGUAUAAAUGGUGGAAUGAUUGAGCAAAUGGGAGGAGACAGGCCAUACUGCUGACUUCUGUUUCUAGUAUGUCCGAAAUAUGAGGGAAACAGAGAAACCAUCCCAGAAUGCUACAGUAGCAAUUUGCUGCAGACAGAAUCUAUGGAUACUUGCCUGCCCUCAAAAUAUCUCCACAUAUUUAUUAAUUACAGCGAUGCCUCUAACACAUGUCCAAAUAUUCUUGGAGACUUCCUUUCUAGGAAGUAGAGCUUAAUUCUACUUAGACUUAGAGACUAAUUUAUAAUGAGCAGACUUUGGAAAAGGAAAAGAAAAACAAUAGUACUUUUUACUCAUGAGAUACCUGACUGAUACAUUAGCCAAGUUGGUCAAGGUAAACACUGUCUGCAAUGUAUCAUGUCGAUAGUUAUGUCCCUAGUGGAUGUAGUCAGGUGGACGCGUCACUUCUGCGGUAUUGUUUCCUCAAAACUGUGAUUCUGGUUGGGUUCUAAAACAGGAUAUGGAGAUUUUUGUGGGAAAAAUCAGAAGCAAGUCCACAGCUGUUAUUGUUGUUGUUGUUGUUGUUAUUGCACUAAUUGCACAUCUUAGUUUUCAUAACUGCUUCCCGGCUAUUUAAGAUCUAACAUGGGUGAGAAUUAGUAUUGUCUUCCUGCCCAACUGCUCUGCCCAGAUUGAAUUAUGUCAGAAAUCUUUUCAGGCCUAAAGAGGUUUUAAACAUACAGAAGAUCAGCCUGAUGAGACUUGUGUCUUCUUGGCAUUUUUGCUGGAGAAGAAGGCUCGGGGAAGAGAAAGGGGUAACUUUUCACACUGAGAUGGUGGAGGCUGGAAGGGAGCAGGACAGCAGGGCUCCAGAGAUGUGGCUAAACAGAAUCUCUGUAUGACCCAGCAGUGGUUUAAAUAAAAGGGGGAGGUUGGGAAGACUCAUACCAUUGUCAGCUUCGGGAAUCACACAGGUAAUGCACACAGAAUGAUGUCAUUCUUGGAGAGAUGACACGAAACAGGAGGGAGACUGGGUUUCAGGGACGCUCUUCUGUUUUGCAUCUGUUGAAUUUGGGAGACACCAGGGAAAUAGACCUAUACACUAGACAACUGUGGGCCUGAAGGUCAGGGGAAGUCCUGGCUAUAACUAAUCAGGGGCAGCCAUGGGUGGAUAAAGGUGGCUUGAGGACCACCCUUGUGAAAUAGUGAACUGGCCCAAGAAAGCAGGUGUAGAAAGGAAAUGGCUAAAACACAGGGUUUAGAAGCUCAGCACAAGAGGUGCCAUGGAAACUAGAGGAUUUUCAGAAAAAUGGUGGCUGUGCUAUUCUGGCAUUCAGAAAUGAGCUCUUGGAACGCAAGGUGGGUGUUAGGACCAGAAUACCAGUCCUGCCAUCUAUCCGUUGUAGACUUCUAUGGUAUGGGACAAAUUAUUUAGCACAGUAAGGCUGUUGUCAGCAUUGAAUCACAGCCUGAAUGUUGCUGUGAUUACAAGGGCUCAGAGAAUGUCGGCUGAUGAAAAAAACAAAUAAACAGGGCUCUUCAGGGAGCUAUGGAAGAGAGUGGUGCAAAGAGGACAUACAUGUCACCCUACUAUGACGACUGGUAUCAGAAGGCGGGAAAUGACAAGCACUGGCCAGGGAUGAAGACAACCUGAGCCUUUGUGCAUUGCAGGUAGAAAUGUCAGUGGUGCAGCCACCGUGGGAAGCAGUGUGGCUAUCCUUAACAAGUUCAGCAUUGCGUGAUGGCAUCUGUGGUGGCGCAUGCAGAUAGGAAAGGCUGAAGAGGCAGCACCAGGAGGACCAUGAGUCACUAUCAGGUCCAGUAACUCUGCUCUCAGAUUCAGGUCCAGACAGAUUGAAAGCAGGGAUAGCAGCGCAUACCCAUACACCCAUGUUCUCCAUAAUGUUACCAUUGGCCAAAGGGCAUACAGUAUAGUGUAUUUAUACAGCUGAAUAUUACCCAGCCUUUAAAAAAUGAAUUGCUGAUAUAUGCCACAGUGUAAGUUCUGAAAACAGUACCCUGUGUGGACUAAGUCAGACAGGAGGGGCAAUGUGUGCCAUUCCAUUUCUGGGCAUAGGCAGAGUCAUGGAGAUGGAAAAUAGAUUGGGGGUUACCAAGGACAGUGGAGAGAGGGAGUAGGGAGAUAUGCAUUAGCAUGCACAAUUCCUGUUGAGGAUGGUGAGAACAUUCUGGAAUCAAAGAGUCAGGGGGGCUGUUUCCAGUGCUGCUCAAUGGCAUAAUGAAUGGUGGUCAAAUCUUGAGUUGGGUAUUUCUCACCAUGACCAUGCAUUCCUUUAAAAGGGCAUCAUGGUCAGUGAUGCCGAGAAGACACGGAAUGGCUAAAACAUGAUCUCUUGUACUUUGAGCCAGUGGGGCCACUGGUGACACUUCCAGGGCUUCUACGGUAGGGGAGAGUUUGCCAGAAAUCACCUUGCAGAAUUGGGGAAACAAUUGUGCAAUUUCCCAACCUCAAUUGGGAAAAACCACUUGCCUUGAAAGUCCAAGGACCCGAUUUGGGAUCCCGGGACGCCUAUCUAAAGCUGAGCAUGGUGACAUGAGCUAGUAAUCCCACCAAGAGUGGGAUGGGAGGCAGAGGUAGGCAGAUACCUGGAAGCUUGGGGGCCAGCCGGCUUGGCCUUCUGGGCAAAGUUCCAGGCCAACAAGAGACUAUUUGUACAAGUGAAGUUUUACUGUAACUCAGCCACAUCUAUCGUGUGCACGUCACCUGAGACCUUUCCUUCAUUAUGACGGUAGGUAAGCAGCUGCCGCAGACACAGCCAUAUGGUCUGCAAAACUGAAAAUAUUUACUACCAGACCCUCUGAAGGGAGUUUCCCAACCCAGGGCUAGGAAACAUCGCUGGUCUUUCUUAAAUCAUGCCUGCACUUUGGCAGGCUACCGAGUAGUAAUACUGCCUCUUACAACCAGGAAGCAGAAGCAACCCAGUGCAGACACCUGACAACGGAUAGGAAGGAAACGGAUGCAGAGGCAAAAAAUAGAACAAACCCUGCUCUCUUCUUUCUUUCUCCUUGCCGCAUUCCUUGGUCACUGGGAGCAAACCUAUAGCUUGAAGAAAGGUUGUUGGGGAUGUUAGUUAGGGUGCGACCAAGGGAACCCCAGGUGUUCUUGCCAGCAGAGUGUCCGGGAAGCACAGUGGUUUAUAAGACCUGACUCUCAGGCUCAGAAUGGCCACCGAAGUAGAGUUUGUAGAUAAGAGGACCCCAUCAUCCUCCUUCCUCCUGAUUCUCUGAAAUGAGGCACUCUGAGUGCUUUCCACCCAGGCCUUCCCAGAAGCCUCACUAGUAAAGUGCCACGGCAGGGCCAGCGGUAGUAGGAGGCUGCGAAUCAUGGUUAGGCUCCACCAGUCGUCCCUCUUUUGUGCAGAAUAACACCCAUAACCCAGAGCUUUCAAGUGCUCGUUAAUUUGCUUUCUGGGGCUGAGUUCUGAACUAAUGUCAGACCAAAGACAAAGCCUGGCAUUUCCAGAACUUCCGUGGCACAAACUGUGCCAAGCCACAUGCCCAUGUGACCCCUGAAGUAUCUUCCUGACCACUGGAUGACAGGUCUCCAUUUCACAGGAGGGACCAUCAGGUCUCAAGGGUGUCGAUUACAGAAGUGGGUUUUGAACCAACAGAUGCCUGACUCCAGGACUGGGGGUGUUUCUACUGGGCCAGAUGCCACCCUGCUCUCCCUGGUCACCAGUACCUCAGAAUGCUUUCGUGGGCCUUCACAGGCAGAAUCCAAUAUUUGGUGGCUUGCAGCCCACUUCACAUUGGACCUUGAUUCAUCCUAUGACAGAACAAAGCUGAUUUCUGGAGUUCUCUGGCUUCUAUAGGUCUGUGCAAGCCUCUCUGUUCCCUGUGCCCCUCACUUCCCCACCCCUGUUCCACCCUGAUGCUCAGUCUGUGUCUGCUAAGUGUCACCCCACGCACUCUUGACAACAUUGCCACCCAGAGUUCACUUGUCCCCACUUUACAACUUAUUUUUACACCUCCACAAUAAUUCCUUACUGUACUGGUUUUGGUACAACGACCCAGGAAUGCAGCAAGAGGGAGAUACAGUGUUCACAUCCAUUCCCGGUCACGUGACAAGCAGGUGGCACACUGGUGACUACUUCCCAUGCUGUCUUCCAUGACGGAGUCUUUGCCUAGAUUUCUGCAACUAUCAAAUCUAUGGAAAGGGGAAUGCAGAAGCCAUCCACCUACCUCUUGACUUGAGGCCAGUGGGAAAAAUAAACUAUAUCACAGGGCUGGCAAUUUGUGUAGGUCACACAGCCCUUCAGACCCAAACCCAGAGGUAAGAAGGCCCUGGGUCUCCUGUCUCUCCAAUCUGCCUGCCUGCAGCUCCUUCUGCUGCAGCCCACUGCCUCCUGCCUGCCUCAGUGGAGGAGGCAGAGCCAUCCCCCUGCAUUUGAAGUGCUUACCUUGGAGCCCUUUUCAUGAAUGAGGCCAGAUGCACACUCCACAUUGAUCAUUUCUGUCCCUCCCCUUCUCUGCUUUCUGUUAAAGGCAGCCCCCCAGCUCCCAGCUGGCUCCUGUCCCCUCCCCCAGCCAGGAGAAGUUAUUACAUGAAGAGAUCAGCUUACCAGUUUUCUUCAGAGCAGAGGCUGAGCUCGGAGCACGGGGCAGUGCAGUGGGGAAAGAGCCAGGGAGCCAGCGCGGUGCCUACGGACCUCCAGGCUGGAACCCCUGAGACACAAGUGCAUCUGCUAGCGUUAGCACUUGGCAGACGGAUUCUCCUCCAGGGUAGCUUUGCCUCUGGGUAAUAAUGUUUGUCAGCUACCUGUUAUUAACAUUGUUCCACACUGAGACAGCAAUGUUAGCAAGACCUGGGGGAGAGAGCAUCGGCUGUGAUGACUUCCUGGGAUCUGACAAAGUCGUGGACAAGUGUGGGGUGUGCGGCGGUGAUAACACGGGCUGCCAGGUGGUGUCAGGCGUGUUUAAGCAUGCCCUCACCAGCCUGGGCUACCACCGGGUUGUAGAGAUUCCCCAAGGAGCCACAAAAAUUAACAUUACGGAAAUGCACAAGAGCAACAACUACUUGGCCUUGCGAAGUCGCUCUGGCCGCUCCAUCAUCAAUGGGAACUGGGCAAUCGAUCGCCCCGGGAAGUACGAGGGCGGAGGGACAAUGUUCACCUACAAGCGACCGAACGAGAUCUCCAGCACUGCCGGGGAGUCCUUUUUGGCUGAAGGUCCCACUAAUGAGAUCCUGGAUGUCUAUAUGAUACACCAGCAGCCCAACCCAGGAGUCCACUAUGAGUACGUGAUCAUGGGGAAUAAUGCCAUCAGUCCACAGGUGCCACCACACAGGAGACCGGGAGAACCUUUCAAUGGGCAGUUGGAAACAGAAGAUGGCGGUCAGGAGGACAGAGAAGAGAGGGAGAAGAACCAGGAGAAGGAAGACUCACACGUCGAGGCCCCUGAAGUAUUCACAUCAGAAUCCACGCAGACCUUCCCAGUCAGGCAUCCGGAGAGAUUCCCUUCCCACCGACCAGAUAACUUAGUGCCUCCAGCACCACAGCACCCCAGGCGAAACCGGGACCACAACUGGAAGCAGCUGGGGACAACAGAAUGCUCCACCACCUGUGGGAAAGGAUCACAGUACCCUAUCUUCCGCUGUGUGCACAGAAACACACACGAGGAGGUUCCCGAGAGCUACUGUGACUCCAGCAUGAAGCCGACCCCAGAGGAGGAGCCCUGCAACCUCUUCCCCUGCCCAGCCUUCUGGGACAUCGGGGAGUGGUCUGAAUGCAGCAAGACCUGUGGCCUGGGCAUGCAGCACCGCCAGGUCCUGUGCCGCCAGGUGUAUGCCAACCGUAGCCUGACGGUGCAACCCUACCGCUGCCAGCACCUGGAGAAGCCAGAGACCACCAGCACCUGCCAGCUCAAGAUCUGCAGCGAGUGGCAGACUCGGACUGACUGGACCUCGUGCUCAGUGCCCUGUGGCGUGGGACAGAGGACCCGGGACGUAAAGUGCGUGAGCAACAUUGGGGACGUAGUGGACGACGAGGAGUGCAACAUGAAGCUCCGACCAAAUGACAUCGAAAACUGUGACAUGGGACCCUGUGCAAAGAGCUGGUUCCUCACUGAAUGGAGCGAAAGGUGCUCAGCAGAGUGUGGGGCUGGGGUGAGGACACGCUCGGUGGUGUGUAUGACCAACCACAUCAGCAGCCUGCCAUUAGAAGGCUGUGGGAACAACAGGCCAGCGGAGGCUACACCAUGUGACAAUGGGCCCUGCACAGGCAAGGUGGAGUGGUUCACUGGCAGCUGGAGUCAGUGUUCCGUCGAGUGUGGCAGUGGGACACAGCAGAGGGAGGUGAUCUGCGUUAGGAAGAAUGCAGACACCUUUGAAGUGCUCGACCCUUAUGAGUGUUCAUUCCUGGAGAAGCCCCCAAGCCAGCAGGCCUGUCACCUCAAGCCUUGUGGUGCUAAGUGGUUCAGCACAGAAUGGAGCAUGUGUUCCAAGAGCUGUCAGGGCGGAUUCCGGGUGCGGGAAGUUCGGUGUCUCUCAGACGACAUGACCCCGGGUAGCCUCUGCGACCCCCAGUUGAAGCCAGAAGAGAGAGAAUCUUGUAACCCUCAGGACUGUGUCCCUGAAGUUGAUGAAAACUGCAAGGACAAGUACUACAACUGCAAUGUGGUGGUCCAGGCGCGCCUCUGUGUCUACAACUACUACAAGACUGCCUGCUGCGCCUCUUGCACCCGAGUGGCCAACAGACACACAGGCUUUCUGGGGAGCCGAUAACACUCCUGCCCUCCUGGGGUUACAAGCAGUGCUGGCUGGUUGCUGCUCCGCCGGGGACCCCACGCUCACCCUCAUAAAGCGUACCACAUGGUACCCAGGAUGUUACAAAGCCAUGGCUGGCCCUUUGAGCAUUGCCCUAUCCUGAUGAUGCCCUUCUCUGGGGCCUGGCGCUUGCUGAUGGUGCCUUCUGAAAAUCAAGCAUACAGCUCUCAUCCCAACUCCAGGCCUGCUGUCGACCAAGUGCAGCCUCCUUCCUGGUGUUACUGGCCUGCCCAAAAUUAGAACCCCUUUGGAAAGUCAAGAGAGGGCCUCACCCCACCUUACAGCACCAAGAAACCUUGCUGAGACCUGUGUGUCCCUGUUACCCCAGCUCAGCCGUUAUCUGUUGCCAUUCUUAAGGAGACUAGACAGCUCCCUGCCCCAGAACAGAGGUGUCUCGGCACAGAGUGCCUUCUUGUUGAGCAGGUACACACCUUCUCAGACAUUAGCUUGCUGGAGGCUGCAGCACCCCAGAACGGGAGGCAGGGGGUGAAUAUGGGCUCCCACUUUACUGGCAAGGAGACUGGGGCUCUACUCAGGUAACUGAGCUGCCGUUUAGGGGCCAGGCCUACCCCAGAUGGUUGAGCACAGCCCUCACCCCCAUAGCACCUCCGGUGACCCUGGGCUCUGUCCAGAGCCUACAGUCUGAAGGAUGAAUGGGGCUUCCUCUCUGACCAGGAGGCUGAGAAGUUUCCCCAAGUGCUUUCUCAAAUGAUCACUUAGUUCUUCCAAGAUGUCUGCACCCAUGUCCCCCUUCCCUCAGCUUUAACUCCUGCUAACAGGACUCUGGUGUUCACUAAGUUCCAUUUUCAACAGAACUGUCCCUCGAAAUGAGAUAGCCACAGAGAGAGCUGCUCAGUUGUCAGGGAUUCUCUGGGCCACUCUGGAGCUGGAGCAAACUCGCAACUCCCACAGGCCCUUGUUCCACUGUCUCUCCUGGGUUCUUCAUGGUGCCACCUAGUGGGAAGCUAAGCCAGUUAUCCCAACACCAUCAUAUUACAUUAGAAAGGGUCUUGUUUGAGCCCCGAGGACUGACAGAAGUUUCUAUCUAGUGGUCUCACAUCUCUCCCCUCCACUGUGGCUCUUACUUCCCACAAGCCUUGACCAUCAAGAUCAAUUUUAACGCUGCAGGUCUGGGAGAAGGAGCUAGGAAGCCCUCUGUGUCUCUGCUGAGGAACUUUUGACCAACUAUAAUUCCAGAUGCCCCAGGCCUGCGGGAACUCAGUGUUUAUUGAAAGGCAAACCAUCUUGGGGUGCCAGGUAUGGGGAGACAAUUAAGAGAAAUAUUUUUUUCUUAAAAACUGUAAACUUACAGAAAUGACCUUAUUUCGGGUUCUGGGCAUGCUCCCUUAAAGAGAGUGCAUACCCUUAGCAUUGUGACUGCUCACAGUGUCAGGAUUCCAGUGGCCUUGGCCUUCUGUGAAUAUCCUCCCAGCAUCCUCCCAUCAUUUGUCUCUUCAUGGGGAGCCUGGCAUUGCAUCCAUUAACAAGCAGCCCCACCUCUCCUGUGGGGCAGGAGGUAUAGCCCAGCAGAGACUGCACUUGGCCUGCUAGGCACAGAGAGAAGUUCCCUUCCUGUCCCUCUCACUGCAUGCUUCUGCUUGUCCCACGCAGUUUCCCCUCUACACAGCCAUUCUCAGAUCUUGCUGGACGAGGCAGACAUUUGAAGGAUUCCUUGGAAGAUGUUUGUGCACAUGCCCGAUGGUAAGGCAUGCCCGAUCUGUGGGUAAAAUGGAGGCUGGCAUUAGCCCCAGGGAAGGAAAGUGUUCUAGUAACCAGAGUCACCCAACAGUGGGCGGUCAUGAGGCCUGAAGGACUUCUCUCCGGAGAAUGAGCGCUCUGCUCCUUCCAGUUCACAAAUCCUCAGGGCUGGGCUGGGUUGGUGAUGGCUUUGUCUGUCUUGUGUCUCAGAAGUCACCUCAACAAUGAUCGUCCUGUAGUGGGGUAGGUCAGAGAGAAUGGUCUUCUGGCAAACAAAACAAAACAAGCAAACAAACAGAACCCAAACAACAAAACUAGAAAACGCCUCACCUGAGUUUGGUUUGGUUUGUUUUUUGUUUUUUGUUUUUUGGUUUUUUUUUUGUUUUUUGUUUUUUUUUUUUGUUUUUUCAGGAAAAUGAGUUGUUCCCAGGAGUUCAGUUCCUUUUAGAAGGUUACAGAUUUUAGAAUGGGGUCAAUUUACCAGCUUGUUUAGAAGGCCAACCUUGCAAAGGUCCUGGUUCCUCCUUCCAUGCCCUGCACAGUCUCCUCCUUACUCGAUGUGGGCAGUGAGGCCUUGGACUCCCCAGUGAUCACCAGGGACAGAUGUCUGUGCCUGCAGAUGGUUCUUUAUCCGCCACCUCCUUCUCAGGCCUCUCCAAUUCCCUUCGUUGGCUGUGAUGUGGAACUAAAAUUUAUAUUUCAAUAUUGAUUUUACUCCGCUGUGCCAGAUGGCCACAUCCUGAGCUCUGGAUGAAAAAUUUUAGAUAGAUUAAAGCUACUAUGUAGCCUUUCUCAACAAAAGUCAACAGAGUCCCAAAUGAAAAGUGUGUGCUGUCUUGCUCUCACUGGAAAAAAACCUUGCUCCAGGCCUCUGUUGAGUCUCUAUUUUCCUUUGCCUCAGGGCUGGCUGGGAAUAUGCUCUCUGGCCGCUAGAGGGAGCUGUUCCCUGCUGGUAGCCUUGCUCGGACUAUCGAGGAGCCAGGGGAGCUUGUCAGCCCAGGAUUUCUGUUUCACCUUCUCUCUGUGCUUUUAGCAUGCACCCAUCUAUUUGUUCUCUACACGUUUAUACACAACAUUCUCUUUUUAAAAGGUAGCUUUCUAUAGGGCCAAGAAACGGGAGAUGCUAGGUGAAUUUAUUGUGUGGUAUGGAGAAAUCUAGAUAUUGCUAAUGCCUGCCCAGAAAGCCUCCUCGUUUUACUAAUAGCUGUCUUAGCUUUGACACUAUAGAGUUUUCCUAUAUAAAUAGAAGGAAUAAAAUAAAACAGGAUGACAUCACGACAGGAUGGAUGAUCUGUCAGCCCUGCAGGUGGAGGCCAGAUUCUUGCCAGAAAAAAACAUUUUGCUUGUAGCUUAGAUAUCCUAGAAGAAAAUUGGCUGAUGCCCUGAGCUUGGAGAGCCAAUAGCUAGAGUAAGAAGGAUCUGAAAAGAUGUUUUUAAAAUCCCGAAGAGAAGGUCAGUUCUGUGGGAGGUGGCGAAAGCCCUACCUUUGGAUUAAAAGAAUAAUUAUAUAGUUGAAAGGUGAUAGAAAGGGAAGAAUUUCAGCUAAGCUCAGAGUGAGUCAAAGCGUGGAAGGAGCAUUAGAAUAUAAAGGACCCCUGGACUAACGAGUUAGCUCAGUCAGCAAAGCGCUGAAGAACCCAGUUCGAGUCUCAGAACCCAGAUGCAAAAAGCUGGGUGUGGCGGUACUCACUUGUCAUCCCAGCACUGGGGAGGCAGAGACAGGAGGAUGCCUGGGGCUCACUAGCUGACCAGCCCAGCCUACUUGGCAACUUCCAGGCCAGCAAGAAAAAAAUAUGGUGGAUCUCAAAAAUAAACAUGGUGGAUGGCACCUGUGUGUAUAAGCCAUUCCACAAGCCACCAAGGCCACAGAGAAAGCAUGAGUGAGUUGAGCUGGUGUCUCAGUAGGAGGACUAUUGCUCACAUGUAAUGUUCAGAUGGGGUUUCCCAAUCCUGAUAAAGAGGGCAGCCUGUUGGAGACAGAGGCGAGGGACCUCUGAGGUAGGAUAUCUUCAGAAGAGACACCAUGAGAGCCUCUCAGGAGUCGGAGGGAGAAAGCGCAGCAGAACAGGUUGCUCUUACAGAAUAACAAACUUUCCGCAAGCCAGAACCACUACGGUGCAGGGAUGCUGGAGAUAGUAAUUCAUCAUAGAAGUGGCAGCUGAGACAGGAUGGCAGUGUGUCGGAAUGUGGAACAGCUCUGAGUGACUCAUCUACAUCGUUCCUAACUCCCACUACCUUGUCGCCACUUGAAACCCAUUAGCACCCCUUCCUGUUAGCCGUGUGUGCCCUUGUAUCGCUGGCAACCUGGGCAGAGCCAUCUCCAUGAAUCUGCUCCACAGAGGGGCAAACUGACAUGGGGCUAACCGCCUGCCUUGACUAGCCUGGGCUAUUUACCUCCAAUCUCUUUUGUAAGAACACCUUGCCUUCCUGAGGGACCCCUUGCUGACAAAGAGUAGCCACUCCCUACCCCAAACUGUCCUUUAUACUCUGAAUCCUUGUUCUGUUGUUGCACUCCGUGCUGUGCAAAGUGGCCCCAAGAAUAUAGAAACUCCCAGCCUCAUCAGAUGAUCAGCCCUGGCCUCAGUGAGAUGAAAAUCCCUUCUGUUACACCCACUAACUCCCACCUUCCUGGGCUGCCCAGCCCCACACCAUCUGCCCGACAUAAGGAUAUACUUUGUUAUAACUUAUUACUUUGUUCUCUGUAAAUACAAGAUGUUUAUAGGAAAUUGUAUUCUGAGCUAUAACUGCAGAGUGAACUGCAACACCAGAAUAGCUCUGUUGUUUAGAAUACGUUCGUUGUAAAGGGACCCAAUAGGUAUUUAUUUACAUAUGCCAUCCACAUUCACAGAAAACGGUUUGAUUGGCCGAGCCAGCUUCCUGGUACCUGCUGCACCACAGUGUCUUAGUCUACGCCAAUCCGUACAGUUUAUAUAGUGAUUGGCCAAACUUUUGGGGGAUUAAAAUCAAAUAUAACUAACUCUGCUUUUGACAUAUUCAGGGACUCUUCCCCCUGGUAUUGUGCCUGACUAAGCCUGCCACCUUUCUGUAUUAAAUACAUUUCCUCAUAUGAUAUGCCUUCUCCUCACACCCAAACACUGUGGGAGAACGGAAGGUGACUGGUCUUUCUUGUCCCUCUCAGUGUGGCCUGCCGUUAGCUUCACCUGCCUCAUGGCUCUGGUCAGAGCUUCUGAGAUCUUGGGCUGAGGGGGCUGGGCGAGGCUUGGAGACAGGACACAGCAGGUUCUUAGCUCUGAUGCUAACCCCAGGGCUCCUGUUGGGGACUAUGGGGGCCAGGGCCUCGAGGCUGAUCUGUGAACUGAAGAACCAGGAUUGAGAAACCCCUGAGGACACCACCAGUUCUGUGUCUCCUCUGCAGGCUUAAGUUAUUGUGGAAGGGGGAGGCAAGUAGACGGGUGAAUUGUAUGAGCAAUUAUGGGCUGAUUUCCAGCACUAUUUUGUGUACAACUAAUUUAUUUUUAUUGUAAAAAUACAAUAAACUGGUUAAAAGAU